AUGCCGCGGUAUCCAACAGCUGAAGCAGAUGUACGUCAGACGCAACGCUGGUACUUCUUGCUACAGUCCUUUAUCAUUGUCUUUUGGCAUAUUGGAUGUGGUUCCUUUGCCAUAUUGGCUUUAACGCAACCGGUAUUUACUAAACAAGCGCUGCCGUUCCAUGCAUGGCUCCCAAUGGACUUGCACAACCCCGAGAAGCAUCCAAUUGCACAUGCUCUAGUCUAUGCGUGGCAAGUUAUGUCGCUGAGCUACAAUUUGUGCAUAUGUGUCUAUGUAGACUUGCAGUCAACGUUCUGUUAUCCCGAGGUGGCAGUCAAUCUAAAGAUACUUUGCAUAGAGCUGAAUGCUUUUGCCAGAGAAUGUCAACAUGAUGAACAACGUUUCCGGCGUGAAUUUAGACGCUUAGCGGCUUUCCAUCAACGUAUGAUGCGCAACGUAACAAGCAUCAACGAUGUAUAUUAUUGGCCCAUGAUAGGUCAGAUGGUUUUUGUAUUUGUUAUGAUCUCUCUGACUGCAUUCAUAGCGCUUGCUAACAAAGGCGAUCCAAACACUUACAAAUUCAUAGUGUUCAUGAUACUCUCAUUAGCCUAUUUAACUUUUAUUUGCGCAUUGGGCGACAUGGUGACCCAACAAUCGCAGGAGGUAGCCAUGGCAGCCUAUGAUAUUUACGAGCAUGCGCCAAACUCCAAAGAAGUGCAGCUGGAUAUUGGGUUUAUGAUGUAUCGAGCGCAGGAACCGUUGCAGAUUGGUGCUCCGCCAUUUCCGCCCUUCAAUCUGAUUAGCAAUAUGGCUGUACUCAAACAAUGUUAUGCAAUACUCACUGUGCUGCUGGAAACAUUAGAUUAA